AUGACUCCUGACCGAGAAGUGACAAAUCAUGACAGUGUUUUGGUGAAUGUUCGUCAUGGCAGCAGCCUCAGACCUGGCCCUCUGCUCUCUGCUGACCCCUGCAGGGCGCUCAUUGAUGAAAAGAUGUGGAUUAGAGCCCGUUUCCUGCCUGCUGUGGCUCCGGUCACUUUGUCCACUCAGAUGUUCUGUGAGGACGGAGACCUUUGGCAGUCCUAUGCACACUACAACACAGACUCAGAGGGAACUGUCGACUUGUGCACACAUUCUUCAGUCGGGGGCUCAUUCGUCGGCUUUGAACCGAUGGGGCUGUUCUGGAGUCUGGCGCCGGCUCCAGGAGAGAGAGAGGGACUAAGGUUGAGAAAGAGGGACACGCACACUCCCUAUGUGUUUAAAGUGUCUGUUUUGGAGGGCCACGUUUCUCUAGGUCACCGGGGAGCAGAGCACACAGAGCUGGCCUCCAUCUCCACUGAGCGCUGGUACAUGGCUCCAGGGGUUAAGAGGAUCGAGAUCCGACAAAAUGGACUUGUAGGGACCUUAUUUCUACCCCCAGGUCUUGGUCCAUUCCCAGCCAUUUUAGAUCUGUUGGGGAUAGCUGGAGGUUUGGUGGAGUACCGCUCGGCUUUGUUAGCAUCUAGAGGCUACGCUAGCUUGUCCCUGGCAUACUUUGGGCACAAGGAUCUGCCCGGGCCGCUAAAUACAAUCAAUGUUGGGAACACAUACUUCAAGACAGCGUUUAAGUUCCUCCAGGACCAUGAUCAGAUUUGUCGGGACAGAGUGGGGAUCAUGGGCCUCUCUUAUGGAGGUUACCUGGCUCUGAGAAUAGCCACUUUACCUGAAAUUAAGCUGUCUUGUUUGAUUUGCAUAAAUGGACCAGUGGGCAGCGUCGCUCCACUCUCUGACGAUGAGGGGAGAACUCAAGAUUUUACCGUUCACCCAAAAUACUGGAAUUUCAUCUAUGAUGGCCAUAUUAUCUUCCGGGAAGCCUCCCUCCCGGCGAAUCUACUACCAUCACACAUAGUCAAGAUGGAGAAGAUUUCUUGUCCGGUCUUGUAUAUUGUCAGUGGGAAUGACUUGAUGGCAUAUUCUGCAGAGAACGCUGAUCUGUUGGAGCAGACCCUAAACGCCUGUGGUAAGGGUCACCUGUUCACCCGCCUGUCGUAUCCAGGAGCCGGGCACCUUGUCGAGCCUCCAUUUACCCCCAGCACCCGAAUGGGUCUGUGGAGCGUCAAACCAAAGAAACGUGAGUCUGUCUCCACUGGUGCCAGUACGACACUACACUGAAAAAGCAUGGAGAAAGGUACACCAGUUCAUGGAAACUCACCUCAGAGGAGACAGAGGGUAGGGCAUUAAAAUGGCACCUGACUACGGUAAUUUCCGGACUACUGGCCACUACGUUUUUCUCACACUUUGAAC